AUGGCCGGGAAAAUCUACACUCCCAGCGAACUCCUACGACUCAAGAAUACCCCUAUGAAUAGAGAGCUUUACAAUCAGCUCCAAGAAAAACUUCGCCAAGAUCAAGCGCUAGGUGAAGUUCUUCGCAUGCCUCUUGAGAGCUCACUUGCUCGCAUCAUGGAGGAACCUGCCAAUGUGCCUGUAGGCUUGGAGAGCGCUUCUCCCCGCCGUGGCGAAUCUGCUAGACAGUUGGAUGGUACUGAAUCCGAAUGGAGAUAUCGUGGCCGCAGAGACUCGGAAGCUAUUGGGGGCCAGCCCAUCUCAGCUCCGACUGGCCUGAGCGCCCAGAAGGAUGAAGGCUUCCAACGAUUCUACCGAGCAGUCGUGUCACCAACUCACGUUCGAGUUACUGCUGGCGGCCGCAUCGUGCCCAACACACGUGGCUCUCCAUCGCCCACAACUAGGUGGCCCAAAGACAAAUCUGCGAUGGAAGCAGCUGAGAACAACUCCAACCGCCAGCCAUACCGAGAUAUUCUCCAGCAAAGUCAAUUUAUUGUGCCUCAACACCCCAUGGGAUUCUUUCCCCACCACGCCAUGAUCCCAGGCUUUGCGCCUGGAAUGGUGCCUGCAAUGCCUGGCAUGGCCGCAAUUUCUGCGAUGUCCCCAAUGCCAUCGAUGCCUGCGAUGCAUGCUAUCCAAGCAAUGCCAUCGGCGUCAGCGGCGCCAGGCGUACCAGCAGGAGCAAACCCAUAUCCCAUUGUGCCGUGGCCAUUGGGAUUCAAUAUCUCAGGGCCAGGAGGAGCGGCUCAACCUUCUCUCAUGGGCCACCCCUCAGGUCUUAUGCCAAUGCCACCAAACCCAGCCACUGGUGAUAGGCAGGAUGAGACGGGAGCUUCAGAGAAUGCAACCCCAACUCGGCCUCCUCCCCCUGAGAGUGGCGAGGUAGCCCGACCUUACGUGCACAAUGGACAAUGGGUGUUCCCCCCUACUGCUCACUUUGCUAUGGGACCUCAUCCCGUACAUCCCGCAUUCAUGGCUCCCUCAAUGGUGCCUAUGGUGGCUGGCCACAGGCUCAUUCCCAACCAUAUCAUGGCUCCUAUGGCCCAGAGCAACGGACAGGCGCUGCAGAUACCACCACAGGCAGUGGCCUUGCCACCUCCUCUUCAAGUCCCCCCGGUACCAACCCCUACCCCCUCCAAUGGACAGCAUCAGUCCUCCAUCCGAGCAAGCCAAAUAACCAAAAAACAGCUUUCAGUUCUUCGUGCGUCCCUCAAGUGGGCAGAAGACCAGCUCCAGUACAACAAGCACCAGAUUGAUGAACGAACCAUGGAGCUUCAUGCAGAGUCGUUGCGCUAUUCUAUUGGACACUUCGAGAAGGUUCAAGAUGAGCAGGCCGCAAAUGAGAAACGGAGCCACCCAAAAGACCAGGCAAAGGACGACAUGAGUGACUUCGCCUCUGCAGACGAGGAACGAUCAAAGUCUCCAGUGACUAGCAGCGUCAAACCUGAAAAUAGCGGCGCUGAAAGCUUUACUAGCCUGCCAGAGGAGUCCUCCAUGGAGCGGGCUGACAAGGCGAUGCCGACAGCUCAGCGAAAGGCUUUCACUUCUAGCCAUGAGGAAGCAACAGUUCAGGUUGCCUCGACUGCCCAAAUUCUCAAGCUUUCCGAUGAGAUCGGAGCCAACAAGAGAUCUUCAACUCUGCCUGUCACGGCAGCGCUGGCUCCUCCAUUCCAACCUCGUGCUGUGGGUGGCCAGGAUACCAGGGACGUGUUGCCUAGCUCUGGUCAUCCCAAGCCCAUAUCUGGAGAGGAUGACUCUACUAAGCCUUAUCUCGUUGGACAGCUCCCACCCGGUAUGAGAGUCGAGCACGCCAGGGAUACUGAUUACAUUUACCCACGACAACUUACUGAAGAUGAACUCCGAGCUCGUCACAUGUACUGGGGUAAAGCUCCUCACCACCUUCAAAGCGGUCUUCCCAAGUUUGAUGGCCAGAAUUUCUAUCCACCUUCACCAGACAGAAGCCAGUGUGGCGAGCAUGAGUCGGAAGUCAGUCGUGGACAAGAAUCUCUUCAUACCAAGGCAUCCCAAGUUGACAAUGGUGAUGGGAAUGUCAGCACUGACCCCUUUCAAUCUUCUCGACAUGAUUCACGUCAAUACGAGCGCGGUGGAGUGGGAAUCACCACUGAGUCGAGUUCAUCUCAGCAUUCUGGAAUGUCCACCAACGGUGGCGAUCGUUCUCGCCAAGAGGCCGGAAAAAAGGCCCCUAGAGGAAGUCGUCAUCAAAUGGCUAUGACUGGCAAUCCCAACGCUCGCUCAGAGAGCGACAGUCCCGACGAAAAUGACGAGAAGAGCAUCGUCUUCAAAGGGCGCAACUCUUUGCGCCAAACUCGACCACGACCUCGCAGCGGCAUAUGGCACGAUAUGAUGAAACGCGGUACAUCGAGCAGCAACGCAGUUCCAGGAACAGUUUCCUCUACAACAGUUCAGGGCGUUCUACCUCACUACAGUGGCCAUGCGACUGCGUCUCUCACUCCCACAGCAACCAACAUCAGCUCAUCUCGUGAGCAGACAAUCAAGUCGGGAAAUGCCAACGAGGGUGAACCGGCCAACCUUACGGCCGAGAGACAGAUCGAAAACAGGCCCCUAGGAGAUGGCAAGCACAAUGCUCAUUCCGGUGUUCAGGGGUCGAAGAAGCGAACCUCAAUGCUUUGA